AUAUAUAUAUUCUGGUAAACUUGACUUGAACGAGCAAGCUGAAAACGAUAUCCUUGAUCUUAUCGUAGCUUCCGAUGAAUUACUUCUUGAUGAAUUGGUUACUUCUGUGCAAGAGUAUUUAAUUAAAAAUCAAACUGAAUGUUUUCCAAAAUUAGAAAAGAAUAUUCUACUUGGAUUAAUCAAACAAGAUUUACAAAUUGAUGAAAUUGAAUUAUGGAAUUACCUUAUUAAAUGGGGGAUAGCUCAAACUUCAGAAUUGGAAGGAAAGCAGAUUUCUAAUUUAAGUAGUUGGGAUGAAAAGGAUUUUAUGGCUUUAAAAAGAUCUUUAAAACAAUUUAUUGAAAACAUUCGAUCCUUCGAUAUAUCAUCUAAAGAUUUCAUAAAUAUAUUUGGCCAUUCAAGAAAGUGUUACCUAACGCACUCUUAG